AGAGCAGAAUCGUGGCUCACUUAGCAUCCAGAGCUAGCUGACAGGUUGGGGGACACGGUGUGGAGGAAGGCGCUCUGCGCACUGUAGGCAGACAUAUAUCGGCGACUUCAAAUAUCCCCAGCUAAUCCUCGAGCUAACCAUUAUCCCUCCACGCGUUCCGGGAGAGGAAGAUAACCCCGCACUGCCACCUCAAUUAGCCACCGUGCAAGACCGAUAAAAGGGAAACUGCGUGUUUUUUUUCCGCGCGAGGGACAACCGAUACCUUUCAGGCAGAAUCGGGUUUUUUUCGGGUUGUUUUUUUUGUGUGCAAUAUUGAGAACGUCGCCGCAACCUCCGACCGACGUGACCUCGUGUAAUAAUGAGGUUACCGACCAACAGACAGUGUGCGGUGGAAGGAGACGGGAAGAAGAUGGACCAAGCGCCUCCGUUUAGAAACCCGUUUGUGCACGUCUUGAAAUUCACCCCUUUGGAAAAGGCAAAGAUUGCAUUAAUGACAGUCACGCUGUUCCCCAUCCGUCUAGUCAUGGCUGCAUUCAUGAUGCUGCUGGCUUGGCCUUUUGCCUUCCUGGCCUCAAUAGGGCGCUCAGAGACCACUGUGGAACCCCAGUGCCUCUGGAGGAGACUGGUGGACAUAAUUCUGAAGAUCAUCAUGCGGGCCAUGUGGUUUGCGGGUGGUUUCCAUUGGAUGACUGUGAAAGGGAGAAGGGCAAUGCCUGCAGAAGCACCCAUCCUCACCCUGGCACCCCACUCGUCUUACUUUGAUGCCAUCCCAGUCACGAUGACAAUGGCUUCCAUUGUGAUGAAGGCCGAGAGCAAGGAUAUACCUCUCUGGGGCACUUUGAUUAAGUACAUCAGGCCAGUGUUUGUAUCACGGUCAGACCAGGACUCCAGAAAGAAGACUGUGGAGGAGAUCAAACGCAGAGCCCACUCUGGAGGGGAAUGGCCUCAGAUAAUGAUUUUUCCAGAGGGAACAUGCACUAAUAGAUCCUGCCUAAUCACCUUUAAGCCAGGGGCCUUCAUUCCAGCUGUACCAGUGCAGCCUGUGGUGAUUCGUUACCCUAAUAAACUGGACUCAAUCACAUGGACUUGGCAAGGGCCUGGAGCGUUUGAAAUAUUGUGGUUGACACUCUGCCAGUUGCACAAUGAGUUUGUAGUCGAGUUCCUUCCCAUCUACACACCCUCAGAGGAGGAGAAAAAGAACCCUGCUCUCUUUGCUAUCAAUGUGAGGCGUAUCAUGGCUAAAGCCCUGGGGGUACCCAUCACUGAUUAUUCAUUUGAAGACUGCCAGCUGGCCAUGGCAGAUGGCCAGCUGAGACUGCCGGUCGACACCUGUCUGCUGGAGUUUGCCAAGCUCGUCAGGAGACUGGGGCUAAAACCCCAGAACACUGAGAAGGUUCUGCAGGAUUAUGGGAACAGAGCCAGGAAGCUGGAAGGUCAGAAGCUGGACUUGGACGACUUUGCUCAGUUCCUCGAUGUACCAGUUUCAGAGAUGCUGAGAGACAUGUUUGCUCUUUUUGAUGAGCAUGAAGAUUGCUGCAUGGAUAUCAGAGAAUACGUGAUAGCCUUAUCUGUCGUAUGCAGACCUGCCAAAACUCUGGAAACGAUGAAAUUGGCCUUCAAGAUGUUUGAGGCAGAGGAGGAUGGUGCCAUCACAGAGAUGGAGUUGGCAGUUAUCCUGAAGACGGCUUUAGGUGUGACUCACCUCAGCGUGUCACAUCUGUUUACUGCCAUCGAUCCUGAAGACACGGGGAAGAUCACAUUUGAUAAGUUCAGAUGCUUUGUGGAGCAGCAGCCAGACUUUGCCGAGGCCUACCUGUACACAGAAAAUGCAGGCCUCCACAGCAGCCCCUGCCAUGGUCACCAAAUAAAGCCCAGCCUGUCUUCCCGGAACCUGCGGGGCACUGCCACCACCAAAGCAGCUAACGGCAUCUGCCCCGACUUCAGCCCCAAAGACCACGAUGGCACAAUAGAUGGACUCCUCAAGAAACACAACUAAAAUGGUUUGACAAACGACGCCUCUCCUGGUGAGAGGAUGAUGUUUUGGGGGGUAAAGGGUAGUAGAGUACUUGUUAGUUAGUAACUUGUUCAAGCAGUAAGGGACUACAUUUCAGCAACCGCAAUUACAAAUAUAUAAAAAGUUUACCGUACCCUUUUUUUUUUUUUUUUGUAUUGUGUCCAUACAACUUCUAAGGAUAUUUUCAACCUGGUACAGUUUAUUUUGUUAUGAUUUUUAUUUAUUUUUUCACAGCAAGGAUCGUCAAAAUGCCAAACAACGGCUGUUUCAGAUAACAUGCUUGAAUACUUGAAGGGAAAGGACUUGUCAAGGAAAUGUUUAUUCUUCUCCCUCCCAACACAGUGCUAACUGUGCAUGUUUUAACAUGAGGGGAGCAAGAAAAAACACCAGCCCUGGACAGCGAAGUUAACUGAUUUUCUUUGGGAAAUUUAGUGUUGGAUUCUCUUUUUAAUUUUUUACCAUUCAUCUGUUUGUUUGUUUUCUCUUGAAUGGUAGCUGCCUUUUUAAGUGAACGUGCAGAAUGCAUGGGCUCAUGUUGUUUGGAGUAUUGAGGAUUAUGUAUCUGAAGAAGGGAGGCCUGAGGGCACCGGUGACAUUGUAUGACUACUUGGACGUGUCGACACAUUCGAGGUGAACUCAGAUCUCUGUGAGUCGACGGUCAUAAUUGCUACGAGCCUGUUACAUAUACAGUGAUGUAUUUGAUUUAGCUCAGGGUUCAGUGACAAAAAUGAAAAAUGUAACUUGUAUGAUGUCAUCAUUUUUGACACUCGCUGGGUUAUGUGCAUGUCUUUUUUUUUCUUUUUCUUACGACAUCAGUACUCUUCUGCCCAAUCAUUUAUCAUUCACAUAAACCUCACAGAUUUCUUUCAGGUUGGCAAAUUCAAGUGUCUUUUUUUAUUUUUUUUAUCGUUGCAAUUUCACGACGUGGACCAAAAAUGCAUUGGGUGAUUUUAAUGUCACCUGUCCCAUUCAUACUGUCCUUUUUUCUGUCCCGUGGUGUAAUGUCUGUAAGGGGGGAGGGGUUAAACGACAUAUGGCCAUUGAAAUCAUAUUCAGUUCGGUGGCUUUGAUUGCUAUUGCAAAGGCACGGCCAUGUUACUUCAUUUCUGUCUUACACUGCUUCAUUUUUUCACAAUUUUCCCAGCGUAUUCCCAGUCUGUCUGAAAGUAUCGUUCAGUUGUUAAAUUAUGUAAUAUUUAAACAAUAGCCCCGCAGUCGCCUGUUUUUAUUCACUAAUAGAUAUAUAUAUCGGACAUACAGCCUGUUCCCAUACAAUGCGUCUAUAAUCACAGGGCCUUUGCUUUAUUGUUCCUAUUUAAGAUUACACAUGUUAUCUCAUCACUUUUGAUUAGUCUUUAGUGGAUCUUUUAAAUUAUUGAUGUUUAAUGACACAGAAGUUAUAUUAAUACUCAAUUAUCCUCUUGACAUUUUAUAACUUUUUCAGUAUCCUAUGUGUUUUUUUUUGUCCGAUAUGAAUUCAAGAAACUUUCUGAAAUUACAAUCAACUUUUGGAUGUAUCGUCAAAAAGAUAUUCACACACACUGAUGCUCAUUUCAAUCAUUUGCCAAAAGUUAUUUGGCUGUUUUUAAUUGUCUUUCUGUCCCUCGAAACACGGACAAUUACAGAAAACUCGAUUAGGCCACAACUUCUCUGAAAAUGUCUAUUGCUUUACAUGAAGUGGUUUUAUCGCACAACUCAUUGUUAAAGGGAACGCCUCACGUGAGCGGAUGAAAUGAAACGCUUUAGAAUGUUUGUAGCUAGUUAAACUUGCAAUUUGUGGUUUGAUUCGGUGGAUUUUUUGUUUUUUCGAGAUAUCACAUAAGAAUUUACAAUUUAGGUAUUCUGUAUUCUGUUGGUGAGCCUCACAUUCCCAUCCCAUUCAUGACCAUGGAUACUGUACACACAUCCCCAUUAUGGCUUACGGUGAAGCGAUAUUUCACAUCUCUUAAGCCUUCUCAAGAUGUAUGCUUUUGAAGAGUUCUGAUAUGUAUUUUGAAUAUUCCAAAUGCAGGACAUUUUGUGAAUUUUAGAUAUACGUAUAUGGAUGAUUUUUAUUUUCACUGCCAUGACAAAGAUCUGUGAUCUUCUCUCCUCUGCAGAGUGUAUUGAUGGUGAAAAAUGAGCCUCAUUUUCUUUUGUAUGAUACUGCAAUUGUUUUGUGCUGUAUUCCUCCUACACAGUGUAAAGUUGUAUUGUUGUUAUAUUAUUACUAUUAUUGCUGAGUUGACUGCUUAGAGACAAAAAUGCAGAUUUCUUAUGGAAACCGAUAGCCUUGAAUAGAAUUUUUAUGCUAAAAAA